GAGGAGCAGCCGCCGCCGCCGCCGCCGCCGCCAGCGCGUCCUUCCCGGGCCGCCGCUGCGCCGCCGUCCGGCCUCCUCGGCCCCGAGCGCGGGCUGAGGUCCCGCCGCGUGGGGCGGGCGGCCUCGCGCCCGGCUCUCCGGCCUCCUCCCUGCCCGCGGCCCCGGCGCCGCCCGGCCGCCCUCCCGCCCUCCCGCCCUCCGUCGGCCGCUGCCAUGGGCACCGACCCCCGCGCGGCCGGGGCGCUGCUGGCGCGGGCCCGCACCCUGCACCUGCAGACGGGCAACCUGCUGAACUGGGGUCGCCUGCGGAAGAAGUGCCCGUCCACACACAGCGAGGAGCUUCGAGAUUGCAUCCAAAAGACCUUGAAUGAGUGGAGUUCCCAAAUCAGCCCUGAUUUGGUCAGGGAAUUUCCAGAUGUCUUGGAAUGUACUGUAUCUCAUGCAGUAGAAAAGAUCAACCCUGAUGAAAGAGAAGAGAUGAAAGUUUCUGCAAAACUGUUCAUUGUAGGAUCAAACUCUUCAUCAUCAACAAGAAAUGCAGUUGAUAUGGCCUGUUCAGUCCUUGGAGUUGCACAGCUGGAUUCUGUGAUCAUUGCUUCACCUCCUAUUGAAGAUGGAGUUAAUCUCUCCUUGGAGCAUUUGCAGCCUUACUGGGAGGAAUUAGAAAACUUAGUUCAGAGCAAAAAGAUUGUUGCAAUAGGUACCUCUGAUCUAGACAAAACACAGUUGGAACAGCUGUAUCAGUGGGCGCAGGUAAAACCAAAUAGUAACCAAGUUAACUUGGCCUCCUGCUGUGUGAUGCCUCCAGACUUGACUGCAUUUGCUAAACAAUUUGACAUACAGCUGUUGACUCAUAAUGAUCCAAAAGAACUGCUUUCUGAAGCCAGUUUCCAAGAAGCCCUUCAGGAAAGCAUCCCUGACAUUCAAGCACAGGAGUGGGUGCCCCUGUGGCUACUGAGAUAUUCGGUCAUUGUUAAAAGUAGAGGAAUUAUCAAAUCAAAAGGCUACAUUUUGCAAGCUAAAAGAAGGGGUUCCUAACUACGACUUAGGAUCAUAACCUACUGACUUGUAUUUUCCUUGAAUAUAAGAUAAAAUUGAGACGUGUAAAAAUUAGUUACUGGCUGUAAAUGGUGUCAUGGAGGCAGAUAUUCUUCAGUUAUAUUUGACAAUGUUAUCUGCCAAUUUUGAAUACUUUUCUUGCCUCCAUAUCAGUUCACUCACAUGAACCACUGUAUUGUUUUCAUUAAACUAUUGUUUUCUAAUUGAAAUUGUCUAUAAAGAAAGUACUUGCAAUAUAUUUUUCCUUUAUUUUUAUGACUAAUAGAAAUCAAGAAAAUUUGUUGUUAGAUAUAUUUUGGGCCUAGGCAUCAGGGUAAUGUAUAUACAUAUUUUUUAUUUCUAAAAAUUAAUGGCUUCUUAUUCUAUAGUAUAAGCAAUUUAAUUACAAUUGUUAAAACUGCAAUACUGGAAGAUAUUUUUUCUGUUAUUAAUAAGAUGAUUAUAUCCCAGAGUAACUGGAGUAGCUGGGAUCUAUUAGUAGUCUAAGUAAAAUUCAUUUCUUCAAUACAUGAAUGAAAACUUAAAUUUAGCUGUCCUUGCUUGUAGUUUACCUAUAAUGAUUUAAUCCUGUAUUCUUGUGCCAUAUUUUCCUUGCUAUUAUUUCCAAGACAAACCAAAGUAAAUCUGAAAAAGGAGACUAGAAUCUUUGAAAUUAUUGUUUGGGGGAUUUAUAAAAGCAACUAUUAUCAUCUCCAGAUUCUUUUUAAUACUUGAUCCAUUCUUAAUAUUUUGCUAUUCAUUCAAGAAUAUUCAGUAAGUAUUGAGUGUUUACCAUGUGCUGAGCACUGUGGCUCUGGGGGAAAGGGGGUGUGCAGAGAUUCAGAAUCAGUUGAGUAAAAUAUGUAAUAUUUGCUCCUCACUAAUAACUGACUUGGAGGGACAAAUAGAAAGCGAGCAAAAAAAAAUCUUUAAUUCAGGGCCAACACUGUCUAGACAACUUGAGAUAUGGUCUUAACUGUUUAAAAGCAAAAUGAUAUAAUCAAAACUUUAGAGCUGGAAAAGGUUAUGGAUUAUUUCUUAUAAUUCCUCAUUAGUUUAAGAACCAGAAAAGAGAAAAUAAAUAAGCCAUGGCCUUUGAUAUAUACUGCAGGUCUCCUUAGUUCUAUAAAUUUGUAUCUGUAACCCAAAUGGUUUGAAAAGGUUUUAAAUAUGUCUUGUAUGUCAAUCAGUACUUUUAAACCAUGUGUCUUAAUACAUGGUUUAUAAAAAAUAAACUAAUAUAUAAAACUAUUUUGCCCAAGUUUUUUCAACUUAGAGAAAAGAAAAGUGGUUCCAUAUUCAAAUAAAUACACUAGAGCCACCUCGGUGGUGCAGUCGGUUAAGUUAUCCGACUCUUGGUUUUGGCUCAGGUCAUGAGAUCAAGCCCUGUGUAGGACUCUGACUCUUGGUGCCAGAAUUGGCUUGGGAUUCUCUUUCUCCCUCUCUACCACACCCCCACCCCUGCUGCCACUCACAGUCCGUGCACUCUCUCUCUCUCAAAUAAAUAAAUAUUUAAAAAAAAAAAUAUAUAUAUAUAUAUACACACACACACACCAGACUCUUCCUACCCUAAAUAAGCUUUUGUAGUUUACUGGUCAGAUAAUUUGAUCAUUAGAAUUGUAACAAAUCAGCUGACUGACUUGCUAAAACUAGACCUAGAGCUUCCUAAAGCCUUAUAUAGCCUUUAUAUUAAUUGUAUACAAUAUUAUUGAAUGUAUAUAGUUAACUUUUUUAUUUCAAAAUGUGCAACAUGUUUUCAUACAACAUAAGUCUUUAAACAAAUGCUUAUUUUAAUUUAAGCCUUAACAGUUAAUUGGUCAAACUAUUUUAAGAGGGAACUUUAAUAUCACAUUUGUUGCUUCUUAAAACCCUACACUUAAAAAAUUCGAUUGUUUGAAGGGUUAUUUUGAAAGUGGGAAAAUAAACUUAUGUUGCUAAUUGAUCUAAACUUUAGAGGAGCUUUUUUUGUGUUCUUCCCACCUCCUGACAAAGAAGCAAGACUAUAGAUUCAUUUUGUGAAGGGGAUCAUGUAUGUAUGGGACUUCAAAAUGAGUUUUUUGUUUCAUUUCUGUACCUUUAAUUUCUGUUAUUGAAUAACCUUUUUUAAAAACUGAUUUUUUUAAGGCUUUACAAUUUUUCAAGCUGAUGUUCACAUCUUUUUUUUUGUGAACUAUCAGAAUAUAGUGAAUGCUUUUCAGAUAUUUAAGGACUUAAUGUUUAAAAAGCCAUAAAAUAACAAACAGUAUACUACCAAAUAAUUGUUUAAAGCUGAAAGCUAAGUUAUCAACAGUGUAUAUAACAGGUAUGUUUUCUGAGGUGAGGUGUAUUCAGUGACUCAAGGCAGAAAGAACUUAUUUUUUUUUUCAGUAAACAUGAAAAGAAACUAUAAGUUUAUUAUAUUUCCAAAGUACACUGGAGCCUUACAUUAACACAAUAUACCAUAACUUAGAAUUUGUUCUGUGAUGAGUCUGUCUUGAAUUCCCAUCCAAGAAACUGUAGUCACCAGAAGGACCAAGGUGUCUUAUAAAAUAUGUUCAUAUGAUGUAAAUUCUGAAGGCCACAUUGUACCAGUACACUCGUAGAGUAUCCAUUUAGGAAUGGCCUGUGCUAGAUUGAAUAACAAAAAGCUAAUAAUUUUUCUGUUCUCAAAGAUCACUUAAACAGCCAUGUGUGGAAUGGAAAAUAAAGUUACUCUAUUUUGAGUGGAUGGUCAGACUUUUCCCUACCAGAGCCGAGAAGUAACUGAAAUAGGAUCUCAAUUUUCAAUGAUAAAGGUCUAAGGCUCAUUUAAGUACAUCUCAUUUUUUAACGGAUUUUCUUUGCAACUUUUCAACCUAGCAUUUUCAAUACUGGGGAAUGUAAGUGAUUGACAAUUCAUCUCUUUGCCAGUUGUACAUUUACAGAAAUUUGAAGUUGCUUUAAUGGGAAUUUAAACCAUUGUUUUCAUAAUCAAAUAUACCACCUUCUGAUUCUGAACAUACUUUUUAAAGUUAACUUCAUAAUGUACCAGACCUUGUACCUGUCAUUUUCCCAUAAAGAUGAUGGGAUAUGUCAGCUUUAUUUUUGAAAACUAUGUAACAUAACUUUCAUUAAUAUUUUUUAUAGUUUUCAGAAUUAGAAAUACUUAGGGGAAAAUGUUUUUGUUAGAUAAUUCUACUUUUAUGUGUCUUUAGUGAUGUAUUAUAAAAUACAGGCAAAAUAUAAAGCAUAAAGCAUUAAUAUUUAUGUCUUUAAUUUCACCUAUACUAUGAGUAUUAUGAAUUAUCUAAUUAAAAUAAAGUGUGUUGUAUAUUUUUUCAUUGCGUUGUUUGAAUAGCUGAAAGCAUCCUAGAGUAUUGAUUUUGACCUAUUUGAACUCAAAUUCAGUAUGAUUUGAAAAUAUAAUUUUUACAGAUCCAAACCAUAAAGCUAUUCAUGUAUUCAUUCAGAUUCAUUAAAUGCCUACUAUAUGCCAGCCACUGUGUAAGAUAUUGGCAGAUAGACACAAAUAAAAAACCUCUGUCUUUAAGGAGCAUAUAGUAGUUGUGGGGGGUUAGAGAGAUCUGUACAUGAACAAGAGCAAUAAAGUCUGCAUCUGUUGGUGAUGGAAGUGGGGCCAGGGAGUAUGUACUGCUUGGAGGCUUCCCUGAAGAAAUUAGCCUAGAGUAGGAUGAAAGAAGGAGUGGGAAUUCCAGCAGAGGCCUUUGUUUGCCUUGUUUGUAAAUAAGCUUUUAUUGAAUGAUGAACAACUUUUAUGUAAACUUUAGAAAUUCAGUGAAAAGUUUCUUAAAGAGCUUGCCCUUAACAGUUAGAAGGGAAUGGCUUUUGUUGAGACAAGAGUGAGGUGGGAAAAGUAAUAUCUUAUAAAAAAGAGGCUAAAAUUUGACCAAAUCUCCCAAAUAUAUCAGAAUAUGGCUGUUAUGUAGUUUCACUACCAGAAAAGCCAAACAAAACUUUAGUAUGUAUCUCUCGGCAAUGAAUAAACGUAUAAAAUGUCAUACAAGA